AUGACUAGUGGUACAUCAGAAAAAUCAUUGAAACAAGAGAGUAUAAAUGUUGGAAAUUAUGAAAAUAAAAAUGCCAUUGAUGCAAAUUAUGAAAUUAGAUAUUGGACAAGAAUACAGAAUCACAAUGUAAACAAAAUGAAAAGAAGUGAGAAUAGCACACAUGUAACUGGAAAAAAUUCUUGUAUUGAAACUGAUUUUAAACGAGAAAUGAGACGUUAUUAUGUUGGUUUGAAACAAAAUCUUAAUAAAAUUGAUCGAAUACAAGAAGAGGCUGCAAUUAAAAUGAAUCGUUUAUACAAAGAAUCAAGAAAAUUAGCCAGACGAAGUCGAAAUGAAAAGAAGCAAAGUUUGAAAUUUUAUCGAAAACAUUCUAGCAAAUUUAGAAGUAAACGAAACUCAACAAGAGGAACAGAAGAGGAAGAAAAUGAAGAACCACCACCACCACAACAACAACAAGACCUAGAACAAACACUGAAGGAUGAAGUAUUACAUAAUCAAAAUAAUGAAACAAUUACAUUAGAAACAAAACUAACAAAUCAAUCAUCAGUAUUAUCCCCUUUUCUGCCAGUUAUUUAUCCAAAUGAAGUUGUAUCAUUAACAUCUAAACGGAAUACUUCAGAAAGUACUUUAAAUGAGUCAGAAUUUAAACAAGGCCAGAUCAAUACUGAAUUGAUUAAACCAAAUAUUUCAUCAUGGCUUGAAACAAUAAAUGAAGGGAAAGACGAUCCUAAUGAUCAAGAAUCAAUGAAACCUUUAAAGCUCGACACUUCACGCUCUAUACAACAUCCUUUACAAAGGAAAUAUUCAAUUUGUGAAAAAAAUCAGACUCGUCAAAGUAUCGCUUAUUCAAUUAUCAGACAUAGAGAAAACCAGUUGCGUAAUUUAAAAGCAGCAUUAAGUGAAGCACCAAUAGCGUAUCUAUGGAAUGAUAAUUUAAAUAAAAGCACAACAAAAUUGAAAACAAAAUUCAUUUGUUCAAAAUAUAAAGAUAUCAAUUUACAAGCAAAACGUUGUAUUCCUGGUUCUAUUGGCGGUUUAUCAAAUUAUUUCCUAGAAAUUAUUGCUUUACCUAAACCUGCAUUGAUUCGCUUCCCACCACCGACUAGUAUGCAUCAAUAUAUACAUAAAAAAAUAUUAGCUAAAGAGAAACAGCAAAUGCAACAAAAUUUGAAUAGAUUAAGUCAUUUAACUGAAGAAAUGAGAAGAGUUUCAGAAGGUCAAAAAUUGAUAGCUGCAUUAAAAUUCUUACUGGCUUCUACAAGCAAUGAGAAAAAUGAAAAUAUUAAAUCUGAAGGAAUAAGAAAUUAACAAGGAAUAAUGAUCUUUUAUCUUUGGAAUAAUAAUUCAUGACGUAUAGUUGUGUGUGUACUUAGGUAAUAACACACUUUAAAAUGUUUUCAGGUGGUUUGUAUCUUAUAUAUAUCGUUUUGUUAAGGUGAACAAUCCAUUCUUUCCUCUAUGUGCAGCACUCAGACACUGAACGAAUGGAAAACUAGCAUUAUUCACUGGAUGCAACACACGUAUUGAAUAUACAAAAUGUUGUGAAUAACCUCGAUCGAUUAAACAGUUAGAGAUGUGAACAAUUCAACAAUGAAAUUUCUUUGUUUCUUUUUUACUAUUGAAGUUAUAUUAAUAAAACAAACAGUAAAAUAUUUAUUUGGACGACAGAAAUACAUAGAUAGAAUGUACCAAUGUAUGAACCUAUAUGUG